AUGAAGCUGACCCUGGACCAGUUAUCAGCCCAGCUCAGCUUCACUCCUCUGCUGCAUGUAGAGAACGCCGCACAGGCCAGACUCAACAACAAGCUGACCAGUUUGUUAUGGACGGUCCAUGAGCCGACCACGGUGGCUCUGACACUCAUGUACUGCCUGUCCUUCCUGGUGGGGUUCGUAGGGAACAUCAUGUCAAUGAAGGUGCUGACCAACCGACGUAGCGAGAGGCUAGCCGCGGUCAGCGCCACGCGGUACCUCCUGGUUAACCUGGCGGUGUGCGACCUGGCCGUGGUGUGUGUCUGCAUGCCCAUAACGCUGGGUCACCAGAUCUACUCGGCCUGGGUCUACGGGGACUUCCUCGUGCUAACGCUAACGGUCAUCAGCGUCAACCGUUACUUCAGUGUACGCUGCCCCGCUCCGCGCCCGCUCCCUCUUCACCCGCCGCCGGAUCCUCGGGACGGUCGCCGUGGGUGGGUGGUGUCAUCGGCGAUCUGCGCCCCAUUGGUGUUCAUGAACCGGCGAGAUGAGAUCAGCCUGGGGGCGUCGUUUGUGAUCCCUGUGUGCCAGGAGGUGUGGCCGGGGGCCGCGUCUGAAACAGGGCUACACCGUCCUGCUCUUCGUGGCGCUCUCUACUGCAUCCCUGUGACCUUUAACCUCACCAUCGGCUUCCUGACUGGCCGGGCUCUGGGGACGGGAAGCGGACGUUCGGAACUUGACUCCAGAAGCCGAGCGCUGCACACUGAGCGCCUCAAGACGAGGAAGAAGAUCGCCAAAAUGGUGGUGUCCCUGGUGCUGCUGUUUGCAGUUUCCUGGCUGCCCCUGUAUCUGGCUGAGUUCUGGAUCGACCGAGUGCAGCAUCCGCCAUCUUGGCUCAUGCAGAGCCAACCCUUUGCCCAGUGGCUGGGCCUCACCAACUCCAGCCUCAAUCCUAUCUGCUACUGUUUCAUAGGUGAUCUCCACCGUGGGGCCAAGGUGUUCCGUACCCACUACCACCGCCGGAUCGCUGCUCUCUUUGGUUCCUCUUUCGCCAACUCCGCCACGACCACUGCCGCCGAGGGAGGAGUAGCCGCGGCAACCGUGGCCGCGUCCACGACAGCCAUUCCCAAGUUGUUUACCUUUUCCAGGGCGGCAGGGGGGCCAGGCAAGAUAGAGGACAGGUCUGAUUACAGUCUGUCUGACUGGUACAAGUCCAGCCCCAGUGUGUGUGAGAAAUCCCUACUACCCAGUCAUCCUGACAGGCCACAAACACUCUCUAUACGGACCGUCUGUGGGGACAUAAUGGACACCUCCCUUUAA